UCCUACACGGCGGAGCGGGUGGAACUAUCUCAGAUUGAACUAUCUGGAGCUAUCCUCUGAUUGUUGGGUCUGGUUGGGUCGUGCUGAUUCCUAGAUAAGUAAAAAAGGCUACUUUGACAUCCAUGGCGAGAUAUUCCAGUGAAUCGGACUCGGAUCACAGCAGCAGAUACCGAAGAAAGAGGAAUCGAAAGUCGAGAUCUAGCAGCUCAGAUAGUAGCGAAUCCUCGCCGCAUCGGAGAAGAUCAUCAAAACAUUCGAAAACAAAACGCAAACACCGUUCACACUCGAGAAGCAGGGGAAGAGAUCGGAAUUUAAAGAGCCAUAAAGGAUCCAGAAGUAGUCAUUCGAGAGAUCGAGAUAAGAGGCGUUAUCGUUCCAGCACUGGCAGAUCGUACUCUUCAGAUCGUACAAGAAGAAAAGCUAGAUCCACAUCCAGAGAGAAGUCACGAAGUCCUUCUAGCAGCUCGCAAUCGAAUCAACAAAAAAUUAAUACAGAGAAAAGUCAAGUUCUAGUAAAAGAUGAUUUUCCUAUUGAACCACGUUUCAAAGAGGGUGUGCUUGAUGAGAUAAACGCUGAGGGUUUCACGCCUAAGACGUUUACUUCGUCUGCUACCAAAGAAAAUAAAUUGAAAAAUAUUGUAAUAGACAUUAGUUCGGAUACCAUACAGAUUCCACCAGUAUCUAACGUUGCUAGUGGCUCAGAAAGCAUAUUUCACACAUCGAUUAUGAUGGAUCAAGAAGCAAGAUUCGACAAAUGGGUAAAAAAGCUCUACACUCUCAGACAAAAAGCCAUAGCUGACUUGAUGCAUACAAAUGUAAUUUGAUUAAGACUACGUUAGUAUUUUUUUAUACACAAUUAUAUAUGAUGUUCUGUAUGCAAAGCAUAAAAUAAAAUAAAUUGAUAAAUCUUUAUUAAUAA